CAAUUGUUUUGGCUUGAUUGCCAUCACUAUUGCGGCAACACGUUUUUUUUUUGUAUUUAUAAAAACAUCUUGGUUUUUGGUUGUUAAAAUGGGUGCCCUAGCAGAGCUUGCUGGAGAUGAAAAAAACGGUGAAGGAUCACGUACAUUCGUUUUUACCAACGAGGGACAUACGCUGGGCAAUGCCUUGAAGACGAUUAUAGCUCGAUAUCCUGAGGUCGAUUUCGUUGGCUAUACUAUUCCCCAUCCAACUGAACAAAAACUACAUUUUCGCAUCCAGUCCCACCGAGAGAGGGCCAUUGAUUUGCUUAAGCGCGGCCUAGAGGAUUUGGAAGCGCUGUGUGAUCAUACAAUAGAUACGUUUCAAACGGAAAUGAAUAAUUUUAAUGCUACUACAACAGUCGAGAAUACAUAAUUAAGUUUAGACAA